AUACAUGGACAGUUGCAUAAACAACCCAGUGAGAGGACAGACAGCUAGCAAGGGACACAGAAUAAUCCAGCCAACAACUAUUGCUGCUUAUACUUGAAACAUCAUGAGCAGGAUUGCUGGCCUUCUACGGCGUACGUUUGGAAUAGUGCGCGAUCACGUCGGAACAGAUACUUUGGGGAAUAAAUAUUACAUUAUCCCAGAACAGAAGACAUGGACAGGAAGACUGGUCCGGGCCAAGCGGAUUGUGGAGGCAGCCAACCCAGAUGAAUUUCAAUACACAGAAGGCAGCAUACCGAUGGAGUGGGAUGCUUGGAUCCGAGGCAGACGGAAGGAGCCCCCCUCCAUCGAGGAGCUGCUGAAGAAUGAGUCGUACCGGGAGCAGAUCAAACUGAAGGCAAAGGAGGUGGAGGAGAAAGAUCUUGCCCUACAGGCAAAGGAGUAUGAAGAAGGUCUGGUGGCGACUCCUGCAAGAACUUUGGCCAAAGGCCACGCAGCCAGCACCAGCUUUGGCAAGGAGGAGCUCAGCGAAGACCCCACCAGCACUGCAAACACGUUCGAGCCUGGAUCCUGGAUGCCAAGUCCAAAGAAAUAAGACAGAGACUUCCAAACACAUUAAGACUGCUGUAAACAUGUAAAACAACCCAAUAAAUGGCCCAGUAUUUAAUGUUUGCAGACAUAGUUUUAAAUAAAGCAAACAGAAAUGGA